AUCAAGCCCAGAAUAGACAUUUUGGAAGAGGAGUAAUAUCCCUAUAAUGAAGAUGCUCAUUGACCUAAUUUGAAAAACGGCACCAACUGAGCGCCUUCUGUUGUCAUUCUUUUUGCAGAUAUUUAAACAUGGAGCAUGAUGAUAUUUCACCACUGCAGCACUUUGUGGUGGCAAAGAGGACAAUCAGUGCUGUCUUUGACCAGCUGCUAGAGUUUGUUAGAGAGGGGUCAGAUUUUGUAGAGGAAACAUGGAAGAGUGAGGAUCUAGAGCAUGUAGCGGAGGAGCACCAGUGUCUGCAGAUACAUGCCUGCUCCAGGAAACUCACCGUCAUCAAAGAUGUGUUAGCCCGCAGACAUAUGAAGGUGGCCUUCUUUGGCAGGACCAGUAAUGGAAAGAGUACAGUAAUUAAUGCCAUGCUAAGGGAGCGGGUUCUGCCCAGUGGAAUUGGCCACACCACCAACUGCUUCCUGAGUGUGGAGGGCACAGACGGGGAGCAUGCCUACCUUACCACUGAUGUCUCUGAAGAGAGGAAAAGUAUAGAAACAGUCAAUCAGUUGGCUCACGCUCUGCACAUGGACAGGAAUCUAGAUUCUGGCUGUCUAGUCCGAGUAUUUUGGCCCAAAACUAAGUGUGCCCUGCUGAGAGAUGAUCUGGUCUUGAUGGACAGCCCAGGCACUGAUGUCACAUCAGAACUGGACAGUUGGAUUGACAAGUUCUGUUUAGAUGCUGAUGUCUUUGUACUUGUGGCCAACUCUGAGUCUACCAUUAUGAACACUGAGAAGCACUUCUUCCACAAAGUCAAUGAGCACAUAUCACAGCCCAACAUUUUCAUCCUAAAUAAUCGCUGGGAUGCAUCUGUCUUAGAGCCUGAGUAUCUGCAAGAUGUGCGAAAGCAGCACAUGGAUCGCUGCAUCAGUUUCUUAGUUGAGGAGCUGAAGGUAGUGGACCUUAACAAAGCACCUGACCGCAUAUUCUUUGUCUCUGCCAAAGAGGUGCUGAGUGCCAGGAUCCAGCGCGCCCAGGGAAUGCCAGAGACUGGCGGCGCUUUGGCUGAAGGAUUCCAGGAGCGACUAAGGGAGUUCCAGAGUUUUGAGAGAACAUUCGAGGAAUUUAUCUCACAGUCUGCCGUGAAGACCAAGUUUGAGCAGCACACAAUCAGAGCCUGGCAGAUCACCGAGUCGGUCAAGGCUAUCAUGGAUGCCAUCAAUAUUUCUUCAGCAGAAAAGAAAGUGUUCUCACUAGAGGAGCGAGAAGCUCUCAUGGACCGGUUAGAAUUUGUGCAAAAUCAGCUCAACUUCCUGACAGAGGACAUCAAAGACAAAAUAAAGGCCAUCACUGACGAUGUGGCUGCCAAGGUGUCCAGUGCCCUGGCAGAAGAGAUUCGUGGCCUGUCUGUUGUUGUGGAUGAAUUCUGCACUGAUUUUAGCCCUGCCCUGGAUGCCUUAGCCCUGUACAAAACUAAACUCAUGGCCUAUGUUGAGGAGCGAAUGGUGAGGAAUUUGGACCUCCGCUGCUCCAGCAGUAUAAACGGCUGUGUGUUGUCAUCUCAGAGAGACAUCAUGGACACCAUACGACCUUUGCUGCCCCCUGCUGCCCGAGGUCAACUCCACCUCCCCAACAGGAACUUCAACAUGACCUAUGACCUGAAUUUUGCCAGCCUCUGCGCAGAUUUCAAGGAGGAUAUUAAGUUUCAGUUCUCAUUGGGUCUUACAUCUUUGGUGAAUCGUUUCCUGGGGCCUGCUAAAGCAAGACAAGCUUUGAGCCUAUUGGACCAGAAUUUAAAAGCCACCUCAUCCUCUACUUCCAUGAGAACCCAGGCCCAGGAGGAUUUGGCCAUCUCUGUGGCAACAGGGCUGGUCUCUCUCACUUCCAGAGCAUCUAUGGGCAUGUUGGUCAUCGCUGGAGUGGUGUGGCGCUCUGUGGGAUGGAGAGUCAUCGUUCUCUCUGUGAGUCUGUACAGUUUGCUCUACCUGUACGAAAGACUCACCUGGACCAACGGCUCUAAAGAGAGAGCCCUCAAGCAUCAGUUUGUGGACUAUGCCACUCAUAGACUGCAAGCUAUCGCCCAUAUCAUCAGCAGCAACUGUGGACAGCAGGUUCAACAGGAGAUGGUGGCCGUCUUCGCCCGCAUGUGCCAACAGGUUGACAAGAGCGAGAUGGAGCUUGAAACGGAGAUCCGCAGACUCAGUGCCAGAAUCCAGCGGCUGGAGAGCGUCCAGAGACACUCCAAAACUCUCAGGCACAAAGCCACUGAUCUUGAGUCACAACUGGAGUAUUUUUCAACACAUUAUCUACAGAUUCAACAUUAACAGAGCAGAAAGUAUUCACUGAGAGCUGGAUUAAGACUGUCCUCCAUUGUUGAGAGCUGGAACAACCGGUUUUUAAUAACAGCAUUUGUGCUGUAUGAAAAGAUACAUUUAGUCCAUAUUAUUUAUUUUAUAAUGACAGGUUAGUAGACAUGACAUAAUUUUGUAAAGUUGACAUGUCUGAUGUGUGACAUGUAAAAUCCAUCUGAAAUUUGCAUUUUGAUUAUUCUUUUAGAAUUUUGCAUCCAUUAUAGCCUCAUAUUGAGAUUAAAAGUUAUAUUCAUACUUCGUAUGAUACAUCACUCAUACUAAAAAUGUAUUCGUCACACUACAGGACCAUCUAAAAUGAACUAUUGAAGGCAAAAAGAUGAUUGAAAAUGGAAAAAAAUAAAAAUAAAAAUAAAACCGGUGAAGAAAUAAUGGCCAGUUGCAGGUCCUAAGAUAUACACUUUUCCUUGAUGUUUAUAAAAAAUAAAAAUAAAAAUAAAAGUUCAUGGACACGUUGUAUUAAAUACCAAAACACUAAAUACUUAUAGCACGAUCAGAAAUUAGUACCAUUUACAAGAAAAAAAUGCCCUUGAUGAAAAGCCUUUAUUGAUUAUGAGAACAAAUAGUAACAGGUGUCACUGCCACUGUACAAAUACAAAUAAACUCUGGUGUUAAAAAAAAAAAAAAGACUUAAAAAUAUUCCACAGCAAGUGAUCAUUGUUUUCUGAACAAACGUAAUGAAAUAAUACAAAUCUGUUAAAGUAAAUUAAGACGAAUGUGUGUUAGAGUCAAGAGGUUUUGUCUUCUGAUUUUGUCCAAAGUGUCAGACAGAACCGCAAAAAACAACAAAACAAACAGAAUUACUGAAUAAGAGAAUCAAAAACAAAAUAAUUUGGUCUUUAAUCAGAUAGUUAUGGCAUCUACAGUACCAUCCAUAUGCUUUUUGUCCAGUGGCAGAUUGAGGGGGGUAUUUAGGGUAAGGGCCCACACAGACAAGUGGGCGCCCUGAACUCCACCAGCCAUCUCAUUUACAAUCACUCCCUAUCUAUCGCUGAAAUCUAUAUAAAAUACAUCAAAACCACUAUGAAUUAUGUAAACCACAACUUGUGUUUUGGGUUGAGUGAAAGUCUGUUGUUAAUAUGAUUUAAAGAUUGCACUUGGGUUAUCGGAGUACUGUUCAUAAGUAUGUUCUGUCCUAAAUAAUAGAACGUUCUUGCAUUGCCCAAAUUGUAACAAGUUAAAACAAAUGCAAACACACAAACAAUAUGUUGAUUUUUGCUUUGAGUGUCAACACAGGAUAACACCUCUAGUGUACUUUCUUUUUUAGAAACGAGGUCAGGUCAUUUCUUUGUUGUGAUCACAUGAUUGACGUGAAUUGCUGCAAUGAGGAAAUCUGCCUCAGGGUUUCAGUGCAGUAAUUUCGUUGUUUGGUAGCGUAACCACCUCAGCAAAAACAACUGUGGCCUAGUUCCGAUUCAGAAAAAUUAAGCUCUCGCUCAACCUCCUCUAACAAUGAGACUUGCACAUCGGAAAUUGCGGGGGAAACUUUUUUUU